AUGCUGCUCUCUACCACCCGCCGCGCUGUCUCAGCCGCCCCAGGCGUCGGCCGUCGCGGUGCGCAUGCCAUUGCCCUGAAGUACUCCAAGGCCGUCUACUCCGCCGCCCUCGCAAAGUCACCGCAGACGCUCACCAAAGUUCAUUCCGAGCUCGCGGCCGUUGCGUCCACCAUAAAGUCGAACCCGGACGUCGCCUCCUUCAUUUCCAACCCCACCCUCUCUUCGCAAGAUCGUGCCGCAGGUCUCAGCACCUUCUUCACAAACGUCAGCAAGAAGGAACCCGUGUCGGACAUAACGAAAAAUCUCUUGACUCUCUUGUCGGAGAACGGUCGUUUGACCGAGACGGCUGGUGUUAUCGAGGGAUUCAACGAGCUUGUUGCUCAGUACAAGGGAGAGCUGACCGUCACCGUCACCUCCGCGACUCCUUUGCCCAAGGAUAUUCUCACCCGGCUGGAGACUACCCUCAAGGGUUCGCAGGCUGGUCAGCAAGCCAAGGUUCUCAAAAUCACCAACAAGGUGAAUCCUUCGGUUUUGGGCGGCAUCGUUGUGGAUUUCGGCGACAAGACGAUCGACCUGAGUGUCCAAUCACGCGUCACCAAGCUCAACAACGUUAUUCAGGAAUCGGUGUAA